AUGGAGGGUCAUCGACAACUUUUAUUGGUGUUGUUGAGCUUUGGCGCUUUUGCCCUUCUUAUACAUCUCGCCCAAGCUCAGUCUGACCAACAAGGAUUCAUCAGUUUGGACUGCGGUUUACCCGCGGAUUUGUCUCCUUACACCGACCCAGACACCGGAUUAACGUUCUCAUCCGAUGUCGAUUUCAUUUCAAGCGGUUUACGUGGUGAAGCUGGGGAUGAUAACAGAUAUGACUAUAGGCAGUAUAAGGAUUUGAGAUAUUUCCCCGAUGGAAUACGAAACUGCUACAACCUGAAAGUAGAGCAAGGCAUCAACUAUUUAAUAAGGGCUGGAUUCGGAUAUGGAAACUAUGAUGAUUUGUCUUGUCAGAACAGGACCAACAAUACCAAUGAUAUCAACCUUGGAACUACGUCCAUUAAGAAAUGA